AUGUACAGGAGCAGCUUCCUCCGCGAGGUACGCAAAGAGAAGUACGAGCGGUCGGAUGCCUAUGAUGAGCUGCAAGGCUCCCCUGAAUUCGACAGUUUGGCCCAAGCCCGGGGCCUGGAGAACCUGCAGGAGCUCAACGAGCGCUUCGCUAGCUACAUCAAUCGGGCACGCGUGCUGGAGCAGCGCAACACCAUCCUUCGCAAGCAGCUGGAAACCUUCCAGCGCAUGGAUGAGCUGGUGGGCUUGGACGAAGCCUUCAGCAGUCAGAUCGAGUUCAACCGCCAGCGAAUGCGGGAGCUGGCUUCCAACCGAGCCAGGCUGGAGCGGGAGGAGAAGGACGCCCAGCGCAUGCUCGAUGAAUAUCACAACAAGUAUAGAAAUGAACGUGAAUAUCAGCAGAGGCUAAAAGAGACCCUUGAACGUCUCAAUAAGGAAGCUGACGAAGCACUGCUGUGCAACUUGGAGCUGCAGAUCGAGUCCCAGUUCCUACAGGAUGACAUUAAUGCCUCACAGGACAGAUACAAGAAGAACCUUAUGGAAGUCCAGACCUACGUUAAUGUUUUGCAGCAGAUCAUCCAGACAACUCCUCGCGUGUCUCCUAUAACCACUGGUAUAUGUGAGGAAAAACUGGUAGCAGAGAGGAGGAUCCCUGUUCUGCAGAGCCAGCUGGAAGAAUACAAGGGUAUCCUCUGCCAGCUACAGGCACAAAAAUACAAACUGCAGACAGAGACAACCAUGCUGGAGCAAGCAAUUAAAACCACCCAGGACAGUUAUGAUGAUGAAAUUCAGCUUUACAAUGAGCAGAUUGAAAACCUUAGGAAGGGGCUAGAGGAGGCCGAGAGGACCUUGGAGAAGUACACGACUGACUGCCGCCAGCUGGUGAUCUACCAGCAGUCCCUGGAGAAUGAGCUGGAACGGUACAAACGUGUUAUCGAGAAUGAGGAGAGCCGGUUAAACUCUGCUAUAGCAGGAACACCAGUCACACUCUUCACGCAGAUCUAUAGACCUGUCCAGCCUCAAGCUUUGAGAGGAAGAGAUAUCACCCAGGCCAUGCAAGACAUUGCCAGUGUAAAGGCCAGACAAAAAGCUCUGACAAAGAAAAUUGCCAGGAAAAAGGAGCUGAUGUCUAAAGACAUAACCGAUGGUCUCUCGACUGAAAAAAUGUAUGAAAGAACUCUGGAUGGUUUUGACCAAGAUCAGCUAGAAUUUAGGUACGAAGGCUCAGUCACAUGUGAACCUGGGCAGGAAGGAUUAGAACUUGAUGAAAAAGAAAUGGGCCCAGAGGACGUACCUGAUGGAGCCCAGAUAAGUAAAGCCUUUGAUAAAUUCUGUAACAUUGUGAGGGAGAAGGUAAGAGUCUACAAGAGACCAGAGCCUAAACCUGAUGCGCAUCCCAAAGAGCAUUAUGUGCUGGUAACGGGGGAGGAAAGCUAUGAAGAACCUUGCGUCCUGGCUCCCUCCAUUCCAACUGUGGGAGGGAUCACAGUUUCCGUCAGCAACGGGAAGGUGGUGAGUGAUGGUGAUGUGGAGCCCAUACCAGAGCUGCCAGAACCAAGAGAUACAAAAGAGGAAGAGAAAGAAGACAUGAUUGAAUGGGGCAAAAAAACAAGAGCAAAAAUCGAGCAAAUCACAAAGUAUCCAGCCAUUGCUGAGCCUGAGACAGUUCCUUCUCCUGCUCUGAUAAGCCCAACCGAGCCAGGAGUCCUUCGAGAGACAGAAUAUGACCGAGAAGAUAAGCAGGGCCUUUUGUUCAGGGAAGAAGGCUUGCCUGGCUCCGUGAGUUACGAGAAAGUGGAGGUGGUGGAGUCCAUCGAGAAGUUUUCAGAUGACAGAAUUCAGACGUAUGAAGAGACAGCGAUGAUUGUGGAGACGAUGAUAGAGAAGACAAGCAAGAAGAAACCAGGUGACAAAUGCUCUUAA